AUGCCUCGGAUUGCUCAGAUGCCACGCGCUGGUGGCGCAAAGUCGUCAUCGACCAACAUCUCGGGGUCGCCAUUCAAAUCUCCCAUCAAAAUCCCCCUCAACGACGAUGCACAAGAAAAGGGCCAGCGGAUGAACAACCGAAAAGCGCUUCAGGAAAAGCAGAUAAAGGAGAUCAAGAGGGCGGCCACCCCGCGCAACAGCCUGGGGAUUGGAGGAUUUGACAAUGGUUCACAAGAUCCCAACACGCCCCGGGGGACAAGAGGGCUGGAUGACGAUGAUCCCAUCAUGGUUGGAGGCGUGUCCGUGACGCCGAUGAAGCGUGUUCCCAUCCUAGCCAACUUUGAAGAGUGGAUGAAGAUGGCCACAGACAACAAGAUCAAUGCCACCAACUCAUGGAACUUUGCCCUCAUCGACUACUUUCACGACAUGUCUCUGCUCAAGGAGGGUGACGGCGUCAAUUUCCAGAAAGCGAGCUGCACGCUUGAUGGAUGCGUCAAGAUUUACACCAAUCGAAUCGACAGCGUCGCAACCGAGACCGGCAAGCUGCUGAGUGGUUUGGCAGAUAGCAAUAAUAAAAAGAAGGACCGCGAUGCUGAAGAUGGCGCCGGCGAAGGUGAAGAGAGCGAAGAAGAGGUUGAUGAGGAUGGCAAUGUCAAGAAGAAGACGAAGAAGAAGGCACAGAGGUCAUCCGAAGCAACACUAGCGCCGUCAUUCGCCUCCCUGCAGCUCAAGAAAUUCGAGCUUGAAUUCGCCGUCGAUCCCCUUUUCAAGAAGGCCUCUGCCGAUUUCGACGAGGGAGGCGCCAAAGGUCUACUGCUUAACCACCUGAUGAUUGACUCGCAGGGCCGAAUUGUCUUUGACAGUAGCGAUGAUACCGGUGAUGCAGAUGAAAAGAACAAAGAGAAUCAAGGGGAUGAGGACGAAGAUGAGGUCGAGGUCGAAGCCGAGGCUGAAGAGGGGGAAAGGGAAAGGGAUGGGGAUGGGGAUAUAGAUAUGGAACACGACCAACGCAGCCAUGUAGAGAAAGACCAACGCAAGAGUCAGGCCCAAGAGGAGGUGGAUGAUGCCGACAUAGAGAUUGACGUUUCAGCCCUCGGCCAGCGGUUCUUCCCCGACCUCGGCCUUCUGGAUGAGCUUGAUAUUUGCCCGUCUCUAAAGAGUUUUGAGCUGGGCGACCCCUCCGGCUCUAUGGACAUUCCCUUCCUUAAGGCUCCGGAAGACUGGAGACAAGACCAGGAACACAAGAGCUCCGACACCCAUGCGAAUAAAUCCGGCAUAUUCAUCGAUGAAGAUGCCCCAGUCGGCUUUGACGACGACGACCUGGGCCUUGGCAACUUCGAUACGCUUGGAGAUGUUGCUUUCGGUGAAGGCGGUGAAGCCUGGGCCAAGGAGGCCGCUCUCGAACCUCAAAUGCGUGUGUACGACGCUGGUAUGACUAGCGAAGAAGGUGGAGAGGGAGAAGGCUUUGAUGAAAACGGCGAGUAUAUCGUGUCCAUGGCCAAGCCGGAAAAUGCAGACAAGAUGCAUCAGGAUAUAUUGAGCUUCUUCGACCAAGCUCUGCAGAAGAACUGGACUAGUGCCGAGCAUUGGAGGAUCCGCAAGAUCAAAGAUGUCAACAAGCCAGCAGGAGAGACAAAGAAGCGCAAGGAAAAGGAGCCAUUCGAAAUCGAUUUCCUUUCGUCUCUCAGUCCCAGCCAGUCAGACGUCAUCUACACACAAGCAUCCAGCAACUCGGCUGUCUGCCUACCCAAAAAGGACUGGAAAUCAAAAUCUCGAAACUUACUUCCAGAUGACAAGCAUUUCAGUUCAAAGGUCUUACUGAAUCUCUUCCUCAAACCCAAGGCUCGCCUGGCUUCAAAACGGACAGGGUUCGGCUCACGGAAAAGUGGCCAAGGCUAUGGCUCUCAAGACGACGAUCACCAGCCAGCAGGGGAGCUUGACGAGGCCUUUUGGGCACAGCAAAAGGCCCCAGAGGAUGCUGCUCUACCAGAGGGCGAUUACGAUGCCAACUUCUUCCAAGACGACGAUGGCCUGCCAUUCCCUGGUGGCGAUGACGGAGACGAUGAUGACCUUGAGUUUUCAGAUGCCCGAGAACAUCUUUCACCGGGUGCCGAAGGGGAUGCGGGCAUGACGGAAGGGGCUGUGACGGCUAUGCUCAACGGGGAGACUAUGAACACUAUGGGCGCCUUUGGCACGCAGCUCAUCACGCAAACGCGCCGUCUACGUCCUGAAUAUGUUCAGUAUGCCAGAGUCGCAAAGAAGGUAGACGUGCGACGACUGAAGGAGGAACUCUGGAAGGGCAUGGGCCUAGAAGAACUGGAGAAAUCUGCUGAGCCGCCAGAGCCAUCAAACGGACCAAGGCAAUCACCGCCCAAUCCGGAGGAUAAUACCACUCUCAAGUUUACCGAGGUGAUGAACUCACUACAAUCGGUAUAUCCGAAGCCUGCCAUGGCCGACAUCUCCACAUCGUAUUGUUUCAUUUGCCUGCUUCACUUGGCAAACGAAAAGGGUCUUGUGAUUGAAAAUACGGAGGGGCUGAGUGAGCUGGACAUUCGAAAGGACUGGACUGCUGAUCUGACAGAAGGCGCCGUGUGA